AAUAGCCGGUGGAAUCGACCGGCUGUAAGCAGUGAGAAAUAGCUUUCUUAGAUGGGGAAUGUAUAUGAGAGGUUUUGAAGGAAGACAUCUCUUUUUUGCAGGCGGGGAAUUGAUGUCCACACUCUCCUCUGCCUCUUAUCUUCUCCUUUGGGUAUAACCGAAAAAAUAAAAAAUUUAAAAAAAUACAAAGAAAAGGCCCUUCGAGGUGAGAUCUGACCGGAAAACCGGUAAUGUAAAAAAGGGGGGAGGUUAGAGAAAGGCGAUGGAAUUCGAAGAGCAGGAAGAGCAAGAGGAAGAGAUCGGACUGCACGCGUCGGGCUACGAUUCGCACGGAAAUUCAAGGGCAAAAAUGUCAACAGCGGGAGGAUCGGAGAGUGGCGGCGGGACCGCCGCGUCGAACCGGAAACCUGUGAGCCGGUAUCGGGAAUGCCUGAAGAACCACGCGGUCAGCAUCGGGGGGCACGCCGUGGACGGCUGCGGCGAGUUCAUGGCAGCGGGGGAGGAAGGUACGCUGGACGCGCUAAAAUGCGCGGCGUGCAGCUGCCACCGCAACUUCCACCGCAAGGAGACCGAUGGGGAGGGGGGCUUUCAUCACCAGCAGUUCUCCCCCUACUACCGGACCCCAGCAGGGUACCUCCAUGUGGCGCCCCACCACCGGCCACCUCCGACGCUGGCGCUGCCAUCGACGUCCGGCGGGGGCGGUGGGGCCCACAGCAGGGAAGAUCAGGAGGACGUGUCGAAUCCAAGCGGCGGAGGCGGUGGGGGUGCAGGGACACCUUCGGGGACGGCGAAGAAGCGGUUCCGUACGAAAUUCACUCAGGAGCAGAAGGACAAGAUGCUUGCGUUUGCGGAGAGGUUGGGUUGGCGGAUCCAGAAGCACGAUGAAGCUGCCGUGCAGCAGUUUUGUAACGAGACGUGCGUGAAGCGGCACGUGCUCAAGGUGUGGAUGCACAACAACAAGCACACGCUUGGUAAGAAACCCUAAACCUCUCCAUAGCCAACGGCUCCGAUCCUAUCAAUCCCAACCAUCCAAGUCGAAUUGGGAGGAAGAUUGGGAAAUGUAUUUCCGUUGAUUUCCUUUUCCCCUCUUUUCUCUCUUUGAGAGAUCUUAGUUAGGGUUUGUUUUUUAGUCUUGUUUUUUUUUUUCAUCAUUCUCUCCUUAUUUUAUUUUUAUGAUGUUUGGAUGGGAUGAGUCUUUGGUUUCUUUGCUGCAUUACUGAUAAUGGGCCAUUGCUCAUUAGCUUUGUUGCAUUACAUCUAGACUGACUAGAAAUGCUCUUUUUUCCUAGGAUCUUUUCUUUUCAUUUCUUUUCUUUUCUUACGGGUGGAGAACGGAAGCUAUGGACAUUUCUCUCAUUUGUAACCUUAGGUGACAUUUGCACCCAAGCUUUUGGAAGGGAAACCCAUUUCCCAAACGUGUGAGGCAUGCAAAUCCGCAGCAUUUUUCGUAUACAUCUGUCGUCUCUAUUCAUCCCCUUUGUUGGACAGAUGUUGGAGAGAUAGAGAAGGAAAUAUAUGUAGAGAGAAAGAGAGAUAGAUGUAUGUAUGUAUGCAUGUGUAUGGAAGUGAAUGAAUGCACUUUCUCUUUUA